CCGCGACGUGUUGGCUCAAAAUUCGCUGUGAAAAAUCGCCAAAAAUUACGCGACAAAUUCGCCUUCUGCCGGAAGUCGAGGCUCCGGUGCCGAGGGUGAGCACUGGUGGUGAGGGCGUUGAUUCCGGUACGAAAAAUCCCCGUCUCACCCCCCUCAAGCGUCGGCCAGUCUCAACGAGUUCCGGUCUCAUCCAUCAAACGACGGAUACCAGUGACUUCGUCAGCAUGACUUCCAAGGUUCUCGUUAAACUGCCCACGGUGCCAUUCACCCAGGGUAAAAAACCAGGUACUGAAUUGGUGACAUUGCCGGCGAGGAGUGAUGGGGCAGCUCAGAUUAGAUCCCAACAGGGUAUCACUGAUCGUGCUGCCCUGUUAGAGCAGAAUAUGAAGUUUCUGCAGGAGCAGCAUCAGGCGACACUCAUUGCACUGCAUCAGGAAGUGGAAAUACUGAGGCAACGAAAUAGAGAUUUACAGUUUCAAUUGGUAUUCACAAAAGGCACCGCAUGUGUAUCAAGUAGUCCAUCAUCACCGGAGGACAAUUCAAAUGGUUUCGUGAAAUCGAAGGGAAGCCCAGUUAGUGUCAAUGUUACUCCUCUACAGAUUGAAUUACUUGAACGAGAUCUGGAGGAACUCAGGGUUUCAUUCAACGAGGCGAAAAAGCAAAAUCAGCAGCUGCAGGAUGUCGUAGAGGAACAAAAAAUAAAAUUGGAGAAAACUGAGAAACGAAAGGACCAAAAUGAAGUCUCGGACGUCGGGAUUCAGGUGGGGGAGACACAGGAGGUCCAGGCUGACCUGGCGGGUCGUCUGGUGGAUGCUGAGGCCCUCGUGAAACGUCUGAGGCGUGAGAAUGCGGAUCAGCAGAGGGAAAUAGCCUCGAUGAAGUCAGCAUCAGCGAAAAAUGGAAACAGAAGUGGUCAUGGGCGAGGUCGGGGUAAUGAGAAUGGACAACACAGUCGAGUCGCCUCUGGCGAUCCUGGACAGUCUAAUCGGCAUCCAUAUAAGUUUCCACCGUUGGACGGGGACAGCUGCUGGAGGAAGUCGUCGAGAGGCCGUGGCAGUUAUGACCACCAUUCAGCGCACUAUCAGCGUCGAAAUCGCUUGGAUGACGACGGGACAGACGGUGACAUGUCUUGCAUAGUCCUCCCCGAAUUGCGAAUUGGUAGCAUGAAAAACGAGGCCUCAUGCUACCCCCCGAUGUACCGAUCUCAACGGGGCUACCACAACGGUGGAAAUUACUACCGAGACAGUGGCAACCGUAAAUUCCGAGGGCAGGGACGUCAGCGUCGAGACCAGGAGUCCCGCGAUCACCGUGGCGACUACAAAGACAGAAAUCAAAAGGGCCAGCAGCAGGGGGAUUACAAUGACGCUCCCCAUACGUCGAAAAAAAACUAAACCAUUGAUAAUCUUACAUUGAAGGGAAAUGAAACAUGUUCUCAAACAAGUCUUGUUUGGAAAUAAAUCGCAAGUUGAAAAUAAUCGAGAAUGGA